AUCGCCAUGAUGCAGUCUCUAAUAAAAUGACGCGCGCCACUGUUGGCACUGAGCAGCUGAGCAGCAGCCAGCAGUGCUGCAGCACUGCAGCACGCGCAGCACUCAGCCCAAGCUGCAAUUUAAUGCAACCGAGCGAACAGCAUCUGCGCAGGCAUCACGAUCGGGUGCGCUUGAAUCGCUACUGACCUCCCCAUGCUCCCCACGACCCACACCUUGAUCCCCACAAUGCCCGGUCACCAUCCAGCCGGCCGCCAAUUCCACAGACAUGUCGGCAUGUCAAGAGUCUCGAGCACCCAUGGUGCUCCACAUGCUCCACAGUCGGUCACCAUAGCGCCCUGCCACUGCCACUGCCACUGCCGCUGCCCCUGCCACCUUAGAGCACGCGUCACCCAGAAGCGAUCCCCCACGAUCCCCACCAGAUCCAGGACGCAGGACGCGUGUACGCGUCGCUUCCUGUAUCCCAUCCCUGCCUUGCGAUGGCCAGAUAUGCCCACCGCCCAACCCCACAUCCUCCCCACUCGGCUGUCAGUUAGUCGCCGACGUGUCUCGCCGUUCUGCCGCCUAUGUCAGCUACUCCUACGCGCAAAUCGGCGCGAUCGAGCAGUCGUCUACGAGGGUCACGCUGCCCGUUCAGUCGCCAGGUUAGUGGCGCCCGACACGUAACCGGCCGCGCAGCAGACGUCAGUCGAAUCUCG